AUAAGGUCGUAUUUCGAAUACCGGAUAUUAAACGCGGUCAACUCAAUUUUGCGACGUGACCUUUGAUCAGUUAUGUUUCUGUCGUUUCUGCGCUCGCAGUUGGACAUCCCAUUAUAUUGUUUAUGGCUUGUUGUUACACUUUUACUUUGCAACCUAAAUAGUGUUUGCAAAGCAGAAAUAGACAACGAAUUCGCUGAGUUUGAAGAUCCAGAUGAUUUGCCACAAAAACCUAAUCUUUUUGAAUUUUUCGAAAAGCCUUGUCAAUUUCAUGAGUGAAUUUGGUGGGAGUUGGAAUUGGUAGUAGCCUAAUCAUUCAUAAACGUUCAGUGACAUUUAAUACCAUAAAUACACUGAUUUGUUCCUCACCAAUGUGAACAUUUGCAUCACGUGUAAUGCACCGUAAACUUGAUAAAUGCUGUCCAGUUCUUUCGAAGCUUUCACUAUCGAUAUUUCUGAACCUGUUCCAGUUCAGUCGAUUCGGCAACAGAAAUCUGAAAAUGUUGAUAAGAACAUUUCGGACAGUAAUGCUUAUGAUGAUUCAGGAGUCAAUCAAGAUAACUCAGCAAUGCAUGCAAGUAAAUCGCUUUCAGCUAAUAAAAUCGUUUCCACGGAUAGUGAAUUAGAAGUAGAAUUGGAAGACUUGAAACCUGACGAUGAUGAAGAGUUUGAAGGUUUGUCCCCGCAUCAACCAGUAUCAUCAAAUGGUGAUAAAGCUAAUAAAGGCGGUAAAAGAAAUUUGAUCAUCGCGAAAGUCCCACAUCACUUGACUCGUUCAUGGGAUAAUUUUCAUUUGGAAAUACUUUUCAUUUUGGCCUUAUUAGUGUACAUGUUGAAUUUUGCAAUUGGACGUUCAAAAAACACACAAUUGGCAAACACAUGGUUCGCUGCUCAUCAACCUUUACUGGAGGCUAAUUUUGCUGUGGUUGGCGAUGAUGGUCAAGCUGAACCUGGAACUGGUACACUGAUGAAAGAAUCAGAACAUUUAUAUUCACUUUGGUGUACUGGCACUGUACAUUGUGAUGCUAUGCUUAUUGAACUGCGUUUAGUUAGACGUCAGUGUUUAUUUUUUGCUAUCGCGCAUUGGAUUAGACCAAUUCAUGAUAGUAUUGUAGUCAAAGUAAUUAUGGAUGAUAAUGAAAUGGACGGUUGGGUUAUGUCAGUGGGUCGUAAACGUUGUCUUCAAGCCUUAGUCAAAGAUCAUCAAGACUUAGCUGUCUAUUGUCCAGAUAAACGUGGUCAACGCUUUCAACAUCUUCCAGAGUCAUUUAUUGUAUUAAAUGAAAUUCCCGAGGUUGUUUUAGCUAUUCUCAAUCCACCCGUUUGUAAGUUUUUAUGUGAACAUGAAGAUUCAAUUGACUACUUGUUCUUUUCGGAUCAAUACAGUGGACCAAAACCUCCACAAGAGGACACAAAUGUUCCUGCCAAACCGCCAGUCACUCAGAAAGCGCUUAUUUUCUCCUUUCGAUAUGUUCCGACGACAAAGUCGAAGUCUUCAUCCACACCGACAGCAAAUGAUGAAACAAUCAGUCAACAGAAUAUUGAAUCGUCUACAGCUCUGUUUCAUUUCAUUUUCUAUAUAAUUGAAAAAGUUCGACGAUUUCGUCUAAGUAAAGAGGGUAAAAGUAAAUCUGAAAAGAAUAGACAACGUGCUCAUGAUUCUCGCAUUAAGUCAAUGCAUAGUCAACGCCAAGAAGCAGCUCAAAAUCGUCGUGGUGAACGUAUGCGUGCUGUUAAAGAGCGUAUAAUGGCCGAGGAUGAUCCUGAAAAAGCUAGAAAACUUGAGGAAAAAGAACAACGCAAAGAGAAGGCGAAGAAAAUGCCAAAAAUGAAAAUGCUCAAAAUGAAAUAAUCACGAUUAAUCGCAGUGAAAUUGUAUUCGCCUUUUUCCCACCGCCCACUUCCCUUGCUUCCCGACCCUCGCCCCCCCAGUCACCUCCCUACAACUAGCAACAACAUGAAGAAUCUGUCCAUCCGUCUAUGCACACCUAUACACAUACGUAUGUUGUUCACACCUAGUCGUUUCUACCCUGUUUUUCUAUUCCGUUCUCAUGAUUCUUUUUAAUCAGCAGUGGUGCGCGGAGUGUUUCUUUUUCUCUUUGUGUUAUGUUAUUAAGUCAUCUGUGCGUUCUUUGUGUGUAUUUGUGUUUGUGUGGUAUUUCUUUAUUGUUUUAUCUUGUAUUUCUAUGAUUAACGUGUACCCUUGAUCUACCCCACUUACUGUGAUGAUCUAUGAUUCCUUCAUGCUUAUCUGAAUUAUUCCCUCCCUCCUACUUGUCCUUGCCUUUUGCCCAAUCUUUUGUGUGUGUGUGUGUGUAUGUGAGUACAUGCCUAGUCCGUCAUUGGUAGUGUCCAACCAACUUGGUGACUCCUGGUUCUCUAAUCCUACUCCACCUACUAAAAAGAUAGUUUAAGGUGGUGGUAUAACCAAGGUCGUAGUAUCCAUUUCAACCCUCAUACACACAGCCAUACACACACACACACAAACAUACUUUAUCUAUGGCUCAUUGGUUCACACUGUAAACUCUUUCACAACAUGUGUUGAAACUUCUUCACUCUAUGUGUACAUAUUAUACCGUAUGGAUGAGAGGUAGUGUUACUAUUAAAAUGGAUAAUAAAGUAGUCCUAUUGUUCUUUCAUAUAUAUAUUUACAAGUUUUCCCUAUGUGUGCGUGCUUGAGUGUGUGUGUGUGUACUUUGUAUUCUUCAUUUCCUUUCCCCCGUGUGUAUGUGUGUGUUUUAAGGAUUCAUAUACAUGCGUAAUCUUCGUAAUGUAUUAUUAUUAUUAGUAUUAGUAUUCUUAGUCAUAGAGACACACGAGCACACUUAGUAGUAGCCAAAUUCUUAUUUAUUUGAAGUGUAUAUUUCCUUUUGUCACGAGGUUUGUGCAUGCACAGAAAAUGCAGCCAGUAGUCGUGUGAUAAGAGAUGAGAGGUGUCAUGUGUUCUCUAUGCAAAAAUGUACUGUUAUGAUGAAAUAUACACAUUUAUAUUUAUAAUAAAAUAGUUUAAAAGUUUGUACGCAGUUUGCAGUUCUCUUCUGCUUUUUGUAGUUUGCAAACGCUGCUUGUUUGAUGAUGGUGUUUUGUCUGGCUUGAAAUUCAUCAGUUGGAUAUAUGUAUUUGCAUUCCGAUGAGUUUUGGAGCUAAAGAGAGAGGGAGAGAGGGCAAAGAGAGACUAUACAGAUGUUCAGUAAAGGCUAAUGCUUUUGGAAAUUCACAUGGUAAAAAGCCCAGAUUUUUUUGUUCAACUGCGAAAUAUUUUCAUGAGCUAUACAAUCGUAAUUAUAAUUAACACAGAAACUUUUUGGC